AUGUCCAGCCCAGUUGACGAAUCUAAAACCCAUUUGGGUCCUCCACGACGCGACACCGACCCCUCCAGUGACGACGACCGUCUGGGUAACCGAUCGACCAACAAUGACGAACGCCCGUUGACCCGCGAAAAUCCUCCUCCGCCCUCGGGGGGUAACCAGUGGGGCGUGCUCUUCAAGGCCAUCCGCGAUGGCACUUCACAACUCGCCGAAAAACUCGGUCGUGAUCCUGACGGCGGUGAUGGACUCGACUCGGCCUGGCACCCGGAAGACUACGGAUUUCAGGAGGAUAUCGAGAUGAGAGAGAUGCUCGCCGAGGAGGAACUCGAGGAUGCUGCCUACGCUUCUAAGCUUCAGUCGGUGCUGGGUUCUGAUGCUAAUAAUCUUGUCAAGAACCUGGGGUUGGGUGAGACUCCGUCGCGGACCAACAGCAAUGAUGAGAAUCUGGUCGGAGGUGUGCUCUGGCAUUUACUCAGUCAUCAGAUGGGACAUAAUCCGGAGGAAAUUCAUGACGAUGGUGCUAUCCCAGCAUCGACAGAAGACGGACUGGCGCCGUUACCUACUGAUCUGCGGAAACGUCGCAAGAAGAAGUGGUACGAUGAGGAUCCAACAAACGACAAAGAAGGUCGGAGGAAGAUGAAGGAGGAGCUGUUGACGCAGAAGAUUGGCUCGCUUCUCACCCGCCAGCGGUAUAUGAUUCAGCUGUGUCGCGCACUGAUGAAGUUCGGCGCUCCGACGCAUCGUCUGGAAGAAUACAUGCAGAUGACGGCUUACCGAUUGCGCGUGAACGGCCAAUUCAUGUACAUUCCCGGCUGCAUGAUUAUCUCAUUUGACGAUCCCCUUACCCGUACUGCGGAGGUCAAGCUGGUCCGGACUAGCCAUGGUUUGGACCUUGGCCGACUCGGGGACAUUCACAACUGCUACAAAAAUGUCCUCCAUGGCAGACUGUCGCCGGAUGAGGCACUCCCGGUGAUGGACGAUCUCCUUACGCGAAAGAGUCGCAUUCAUCAGGCCUGGCUGUUGGUCUUGCUGUCCGGUUUCGCGAGUGUGGCGGUGGGUCCGUGGGCGUUCAGCGCGCGCCCGGUCGACAUGCCCAUCAUCUUCUUCCUGGGCUGUCUGCUCGGAAUAUUGCACAUUUACUACUCCAGUGGCGAACCUAUUUUCUGUUUCUCCGCCCUGGCCGAAUCGUCCAUUGCACUGAUCCUUCCAGGAUACUCCGUGCUGUGUAGCAGUCUGGAAUUGCAAUCGCAUCAGAUCGUGGCAGGGUCCAUCCGACUGGUCUAUACUAUUAUUUAUUCGCUUUUCCUCGGGUACGGCGUGACAGUCGGUCUGACGAUCUACGGGCUGAUGGACGAUAAUGCGACCACGGCCACAACCUGCCCUUCACGGGAUACCAAUAUUUACGGCAGCGUAUACGUGCAGGAAUUCGUGUUUGUGGCUGUUUACUGCGCCUUUGCCGCCAUCCUCAACCAGGCCAAAUGGAAGCAGCUGCCGAUCAUGUCCUUCAUGGGCGUUGCAGGCUACACGACCUACUACUUUACCGCCAACCACUUGGACAGUCGGUUCGGCAGUACGAUUGGGGCGUUCACGAUCGGAUUGUGUGCCAACCUGUACAGUCGGGUGUGGCAUGGACAUGCUGCUGCGGCUAUUGUACCGGGCAUGUGGACGCUGGUUUCGUCUGGUCUGGCCAGUAGUGGAUCGAUCAUCUCGGGAUUGGCAUAUGCAGAAGCAGUGAAGAACGACACCGUUUCGGAUUCCACCACAACCAAAACGCAAGAGUCACUGGGGGGUUUGGCGCUGAGUAUGAUACAGACGGCGUUGGGAAUCACGGUCGGUCUGUUUCUUUCCGCAAUGGUGGUCUAUCCGGGUGGAAAACGCAAGGGCGGUUUAUUCAAUUUGUGA